AUGGUCAUCAACGGAAAGAAGCCCAUUGGGCGCAUGGUACACGUGCGCACGACCAUGGAUCCGCAGCGCCUCGCGCCGCACGUGAUCGGCGUCAACGGCGGCAAACUCAACGCCAUCAUGUCGCGCGCGCGGUGCAGCAUUAGCUACAGGAAGACGCAGUCGCAGGAGAGCGGCGCGCAGCAGGAGCAGCAGGACGAGGAGAAGCAGGCGCAGGCUCCUGACGGCGCGUACUUGAUGGUGUUCAUGAUCUCGGCCAACACGGCCAAGCGGGUGGACGACGGCGUGCAGCUACUGCAGGCCGUGGUGGAGAGCACGGAGCAGCAGAUGCGCAAGUACCAGCGCAGCAAUGGGACCCAGGAGAUACCGGACAUUGACAUCUACGCGGAGAAGGAGCAGGUGGAACAGAGUGAGCAGCAGGCGGACGAACAGGGUGCAGUGCAGGCGGAUAACAGGCAGCAGGUGCAGAGGCCGAGUCGGAGUAGAAGCCGCAGUCGAAGUGCUGACCGAGACGAGAGGACUGGCGCAACACAGCAGCAGCGGCAUCUUAAGCGCCGCCGAGAAUGUGCUGGUGCUACUAGUGGUACGGCGAAACGCGGGAGAAGUAACGAGCCUCGCGAGUCGCACCGGUCGGAGCGGCAUCCUCCUAGACGUGAGGACGAAGAGUGUAAAGAAGACAGAGAAGCUGCUGCAGCGGAGGCGGCAAUGAGAGCGGAGGAAGAACGGAAGCUUCGCGAUGAGAGGGAGGCGUUCCGGAUACGACUGGCACGCACUAUAAUGAUAUCGCGGAGGUUGGAAGCUGAGGCCACGCGCGCUCGCGCGCAAGAGGCUGUGGAGCGUGAUAAAUAUCUGCGGUUGCGGCGUCAGUUUGAGGAGAUUGAGCACCGCAAGAAAGUUGCAGUGCUUGUGGUUAAGCAGCAGUGCAGUGCGAUGGCUUCGGCAUUGUCGACGUCGUCUCCGAGCAAGAAGAAGCAGCGUCUGCGUGAGAUCGAGCGGCUAAGUAUCGCCCAUGACGCAUGCCCACCUGCAGCCAGCCGCGUUCUUGCCCCCAACUUGCGUGGGUUCAAGGGUAAACGGCCGCUUGUUGGUAGAUCGGUGGUUUCUGUGGCAAAGAAUGGCUUGGCGGAGGAUGAUGACUUACUGCGUUUGGUCAAGAAGGUCCGGGCCUUUGGAAAAAUGAUCACUUCUGGGGGCGCAGAGGAACAAGAGGCAGAGGAGACUAAUGCACACGAUGAUGCAGAGAUCGUGGAUGUUCCUUCGGGUGAUGCAGAUACGUUUGAAUUUCCUAGCGAAGAUGCCGAUGUUUGUAUGGAGAACGAGAACGGCGACUCAGUGGCUGAGGCUGGCUUGGAAAUGAUGGCGGAUGUUGAAGAUGGAGAUGAUGCGAGAAGCAAUCCUAGGCGGGACUCUUUCCGUUCUACCUGGGAGAUCCCAGGUCUUACGCGUGAUCUGAAUUUGAUCCAAGAUUAUUCAUCGGAGACGGACUGUAAGCUGCUACAUUUCCUGGCAGGCGAGCGUCAGUACUUUUACCUGGAGCCGUUAAUGAGCAGCUCGUCGUACUCGCACGACGUGGAGCGAUGGCUUCUCACAGCUCAUGAUCUUCAUAUACUUCACCGAUAUAUCUUGGACCGUGCUGACUUUGGGAAAGAACUUGUCCUGUGUGCCGAACGCCUGCGUGCUCUUGGGAAUCUGGCCCCGCCUCUUCCCUCAUCACCCGGCACGCAGACGCCUCUCAGCAUUGAACUGGGUGUAUUCGAGUCCUCGCGACAUAAAGAGUGGAGUGAAAUGCAGGAUCAAAUCGUUGAGUUACACUCGCUAGCGCUGGUGGCACACAUGCUUGGCAAACACUAUCUGGCGAGGCACGUGAUCGGAAGCAGCCGCACCGCUGCCCACGUUGGUGCUAGCCACGAAAACCUUCUGGACGAGACAACUCUACAGUCUGAUCUGUUCACGUACAUUUUGCGGCCGAUCCGAUCCUCCGCUAUCGAGUCCAGCCUGUUCGACUCGCUUCCGAUCUCACUGGUGCGCGAAACCAUUGAGCAGUGUCCUGAGGUCGUGAAUCACGUGUUGCAGUGGAAAGGGAAGGAUGAUGUUCCUGAUUUUCUGCGCGAGGUCGAUCCCUGUGAACCCCCGAUCGCCGAAGUAGCAGAGGUGGCUAACCAGCGGGUGCAUCCCAGGAGUGGUUUCUUCUUACGAAACCUGUUGGUGAGACUUACGGCGUACAUGCGCGAUUUGGACUCGAUCACGAAGCAGCUGGUGGUCACGCUGAAAGAGAAGCGUCCUGAUCAUCACAGGGAAAACGCUAACCACGUUAGUCUUCGUCGACAGCGCAUCAUCCAGCACGUGAAUCGCUUAAAGUCUGUGACUACGAAUGUGAUCGUGGAAAACACAAAGCUGCAGCUUCACAAGUGGUGGAUCCUCUUCGCUGAGAACUCUUGUGCGUGGUUUGAUCCCGAUGACGUGGAUGACUUGGACGAUAGAUCCUACGACAAGUUCACGUGCCUCCAAGACGCGCUGUACAUUUGGCACAACGAGGCGCUUCUGUACACAACUAAGGAUGAUUUCGUGGACCCUGAACGCGUCGACGAGUCUCCACUUGAUCACAGUGACGAAGGAAUUGUGGACAGCGGUUAUAAUACACGCGCUCGCGCUUCAGUUCCUCCAAGUCAGAACCCUACUUCAAGAGAGGAAGAGGUGGCUGCGCUGCUACGAUUGACACCUGCAAAUAUGCGUGACGAGCGCGAACUGGCGAAGCAAGUAGCGAUUCAAAAGAAACUCGUGAAUCACCAGUGGGCGCGAUACUACACCAAGUAUCAAGACUUUGCACCCGCACCUGCGCCGACAGCGAGCGUGGAUCAAGAAGUCGCUGAGGAGGAAACGUCCGAGACACCUGAACGGCAGUCGCAGGCCGAACCCACCGCCGAAACUGGUGGUGAUGCUAUGGCGAUGGCGAUCGAUUGGACUGGCGUGUUUGAUCCUGAUAAGGAUGCCCCGGACGUGAUCGAGAUGAAGAAACUUCGUCACGAGAUCACGCUGGCCAAGGAUCAACUGCUGCGUGACAUCAAGGGAGGCAACAAGAAGGGAACCGGCGCGACGUUGCGCUCUUCCUCGUUGAACGCCGACCAGAAAGCCCUCGUUGAGGAGUGCAAAGGGCUGGCCGCGUCUUGCAUGCAAGCGUUGGGCAAGUUCCUUGGGUUGGAGGACACUGAUGGAACCGAUACCUCGACUACAAAAUCGCCAAAACCAGCGCCGAAGCAGACGCGAUCCGCUACGAAGGCUGCUCGAGCUGCGUCGACUCCCAAAGGAGAUAAACCUGCUCGACGUCACUCGCAUGGGUCCAAGAAGGCGAGCUCGCACUCCUCGAAGAAAAGUCCAGCGAACAGACGGCGGUGCGAGUCCAUUCGCGUUGCGAAGGCGCUCGCAGUCUCACAAGCCAGUCUAUUGCUGCCUAUCAUCCCGUCUUCAGGGUCGAAGACUUCGUCGUCCAGAGCCAUGUCAGUGCGUAACAACGGCAGUAGCCGUAAUCAGCGCUCGGACGGGAACUCACCUCUUCGAAUGGGGUGCUCAGGCUGCCGCGAUCUCCGACGUCGGUGCACUGGUUGUUCCGGCUGCUGUCUUCAUUGCGUGUGCGUGAGCUGCGGGUGCCGGAUGUGCUGCUCGUCGCGACUCUCGGCGGUGCAGAAAACCAUGACGCACAUGCUGGACCUGAUCGAGUCCAACGAAGCCUGCAAGUGGAUGAGCAACGCGUCUGCAGGCAACGAAGGGCGGCAUUGUGGGAUGCUGUUCUUCUGCCAGCAGUGCCAUUGCUGCGAGGAUCACUGCCCCUGCUUACUGGCGGGUUCAACUACCGAGCGGACCACGGCUGGACAUCACGUAUCUGCCACUCCAGCUUCUAAUGCAGACUCGGCCGACUUCAUAGCUUCACUCAACGCGUCUCUGAGGGGGACAGCCCCAGCGGCACCUUCUCGCAGGGAGCGGCGCUUCAAGAUCAACCCCGUGGCAGCUCAGCGUCGUGGCGCCAAUCCGGUGGCAUCCGAUGGUCUCGACAAUGGGGAAGUAGCGCACUCUUCAGCAGCAGCUCACGGAGGCCAUGGCGACUCAAGUGCAGACCGUGGCCCAGCGUUCCAAGCACGCAACGUUCACGGCGCUCGUGGCCGACUGCCGACAUUCGACUGCGGCAUCGAGGGCGCCUUCGGUCUCGGCCCGAUGGAUCAGCGCGCGCAGUGUCGCACGUGGCGGCCCGCGCCGUCCGACAAGAACGAGCAGGAGGAUCUGUUCCGCGCGGCCCGCGUACGCAUGAAGCUGGUGCGCUCGGCGUUCGCGAAGACCCCGGGCUUGGCAUCAGGCUCCGGUUGCUUGGACGGUGAGCAGUUGUGGCAGCCCGAGCGCAUUCGGAUGAUGUGGGAGCGGCGCGACUUCCACGGCGUGCUGGGUCUGCCGCGCGACGCGUCCAUCCAGCAGAUCAAGCGGCAGUACCGCAAGCUGGCGUUGAAGCUGCACCCCGACAAGGCCUCGGAUACUUCCGCGUCGCUGGAGUCCACGGUCGCUGAAGCGGGCAAGAACGUUGGGGCCAGCAACUCGGGCAAGCGCGUGGACGCGUUCGUGGCGGUGACUCACUCGUACAAGAUUCUGCUCGGAGACGUCGACGCUAUGAACGGGCUCCGGUAA